AUGUUCGCCCGCACGCCUUCCACCCCGCCGAAAAUCUCCUCUAUAUUAGCGAAUCAGCAAGACAUCAUCUUCCGCCAUCCGGGUUACGAUGAUGAUAAUAAUGUCUUGCUCAAACUCUUUGCGCCUGAUGCACGCCCCUCGUCAUCUGCUUCAUCAAGCAUCGGCUUGCACGCGGGCUAUGCCUUAACGGUUUGCGGUAUCGUAGCCGGAAAUCGAUGGGAUGGCUGGCUCUCGGAACGACGAGAUGACCCCACCGGGAUCUCGUUGGUCGCUGAUCGGGAUACGAUGCUGGACAAACACAGCUACUACUUCCACCUACCCCACGACAACGACAACGACAAUCAAGACGACAAUACGCCGUAUCCAAUUGUGCCCACGUUUCGGGAAUGGCGCUUCCCGCACGAUCGGCUGCCACCAUCGUGGACACAAACCGCACCACCCGAACCGAUUCAACAACUACAAAUGUACACAGUUUCGGGCCUUAGCAUAGCCUUGCGACAACGUGAUGGAACCUGCCGCAUCACGGGCUGUCAAGAAGGCGUUCAAACAGCGCACGUGUGUCCGAGGGCGGAAGAAGAUUGGUACCUACGAAACGGCAUGUCCAGAUAUAAUUAUGGGAACUCCGACAGUGCUCAUAAUAUAGCCAACGUCCUCCUUCUCCGUGCAGAUUUGCAUAUCGCCUUCGACAAACCCGGCUUCGUUUUCGUCCCUAAACCCUCUAUUAGUGGCGAAUCACAAAAAUUUGUUUUCCACUGCGUCGAGCCAUCUCCGGAGUUUGGAUACCUAUACCAUAACCGAGUGACGCAAGGCCUAAGAGUGAGCGAAGAGCUCUUGUUUGCACGUUUGGCCUGGUCAAUUUUUCCAUUGCUGAGCUCUUUCCUCAAAAGCAAAAUACCCCGCCGCCUAUGCCUGCGAUCGAGCAAUGACAACGGCAGAACAGCGACGGGACCUUUUUUCGCAUCCGCAGAGCAGUGCGAGGAUCUAUUGACGAAGGGAAACAAGUCUCGAAAUGCCAGUCCUAAGAAGCGCGGUAGACCCGAAGAUUGUGUACAGGAGGCAGACACAGACUCAUUGCAAGAAGGUGAAUAUCAACGAUCUCGGAAACGUCGUCGAAGUUCUAGCCCGGUGCAAGAUCCGGCCAUUAAUCAAAGCUCCGUUUUGUCAAACAUACCUUCACCUUCGCCUACUACGCCGGUUUCUGUUGACAACCCGACUCCCCUUCGGCAAGAGUGGUUACACAAAGAAAGACAACGAUCCGAUCCGAGCGGCCAGUGGGAAGAAGAAAUGGCAUGGGGUACCAGUGUCUACAACGGCGAUAUCACACUUGGUUCGGCUAAUAUUGCGCGUUGGGUUGAGUUUAAUGGUGGGGAGCACCCUCCUCCCAACAAAAAUGCCUGGGACUGA